GACCCUUUCCAAGUACUACAUAUUCGAUUUCUCUUUCAUGAGAAACAUUAUUUUGAAGGGUCAACCCAAGUAUCGUGGCAUGUGUAGGGGAGGAGUCAGAUUGCACAUGCAUUCGAUGAUUCCAAGGCUUUCAUUUUGUAAAAAUUGAUGCAAAAAACAAAGACCUUUCCUAUCUCCAAGAGAAUCAGUUUCAUUGCAGAUUAAUAAAUAACAAAAGGAUUCAUGUCAGAGCAAGAAAACAAAGAAGACACAAUUGGCAUCAAGUUUUUCAUUUGCAACCUUCUUGGUAUAGUACUACAGUUUACUCAGCAGUGAAAAAUAGUUUGACCAAAUCUCAAAAUUUUCAGGUUUGGUGAAGAAGAAAAUGAUCUUUUGUAACCCCUUUUUAGCACAUUGAAAUUUCUCUCAAGUCGUUGCUCUAUACAUUCUGUAUUCCAAGAGAGAGACAAAAAUCAUAAUCAUGGAGAAAGUAACCAAGCAACAAAUCUAUCACAAGUUUGGUUCUGUUUUCAUCACUUUCCUAUCUAUCAUUCUAGUACUACUACUUGUUCUCUUUUCAGUUUCCAAAUCUUUUCCUUACCUUUUCACACUUCUAUUUGCUCUUCUAUCUAGUAUGUUUUAUUUCACACUGACAAAGAAAAAAGGAUCUCAAUGUGAACAUUUAGUCCAAGAUAACAUGCACAAAUCAAAGUUACAGCCUUCAUUAGAAGAUGUUGUUCAGAUGCAAGAAAAGCAAGCUGAAGCACAGUCACAUCCUUCAUUUCCAGUAGACAGUGAAAGCAACAGUACCAUUGAUAAAAGUUUUGGACUCAAUGCUGAGCUACAAGCUGAUCCACAUUCAGAUUCUUCACUUCCAUCAGAUACUGAAAGUAGUAUUAGCUCAACUAUUGAUGAAAGUUUUGAGAUUGAUAUAAGAAGAAAUCAAGACAUGAUGAGUAUAUGUGACAAUCUGGACUCUAACAAUGAUGAUAGUGAUGAGGACGACGGCGACGAUGAUGAUGAUGAGGAGGAGGAUGAGGAUGGCCUUAUUGAAAUCAAGCUUCCAAGCAGCCACUUCUCUAGUUUAAAUGAAAACUCUAAACAGAAUUUAGAUUUCAUUUUCAAGCAGCAGGGUCUCAUGGAUCUCUUAGCAGAAAUUAAUGAAAUGAAUGAGGAUGAAAAUUUAAUUGAGAUUGAUAUUUUCAAAGGAUGCACCAAAUAUCAAGAUUUCAGAUUUAAGGAGUUGACAUGUAUAGGAGAUCAAUGUGUUCUUACUGAUUGAUCCCUAUUUUUAUUUUUGUCUUAAGCUGUUAUUUUAGGUUAAAUUUCAGUCAUUAACAAUUUUCUUUCUUGAUUCUUAGUCAAAUUUUGUUCUCAUGUGUUUCUUUUGUUGGAAAUUUUGGUCUCUUAUAUAUUAACAUGGCAUUUUAAUCUUA